CAGCUGAUGCCGUCCUCUGGCCGCCCCUCCCCCGCCCCGAAUCCGCGGCGGCCGGGCGCCUGCAGGCCUGUCGCUCCAGCCCCAGCGGUCGCGACUGCCGACCCCGUGACACUGUCCUCGGGCCUCUGCGCGCGGGAGCAGCUCCGGACGGCGCAGCGCCCCGCGUGACGAUCCAUGUUGGGUUUUCAGCAGGAGAUUGUGAGGAAAAACAUGGAUUACAGGGAAGUGAAGGGGGCAUAGCACCUCCUCAUAAACGCACCGGCGAGUCUCCGGGAAUAAAAGUGCAUUCUGGUGCGGUGCACCUUACACGCCGGUCGUGUUCACUGAGAUCCCAAACAGGAUGCCUGAGACCUCACUACUGAGGCCUCCCAUCCCUGUUCAGCUGAUAUUCCACAUAGACAUGGGAAAGUCUUUUUCUCAGUUGCCUUUGCAUUCAAAUAAAGAAGAUGCUUAUGAUGGAGUCACAUCAACUGAAAGUAUGAGGAAUGGACUGGUUAAUAAUGAAGUCCAUAAUGAAGAUGGGAGAGGUGGAGAUGUCUCUCAGUUUCCAUAUGUGGAAUUUACAGGAAGAGAUAGUGUCACUUGCCCCACUUGUCAAGGAACGGGAAGAAUUCCUAGAGGGCAAGAAAACCAGCUGGUGGCAUUGAUUCCAUAUAGUGAUCAGAGAUUAAGGCCAAGAAGGACAAAGCUGUAUGUGAUGGCUUCUGUGUUUGUUUGUCUGCUCCUUUCUGGAUUGGCUGUAUUUUUCCUUUUCCCUCGCUCUAUUGACGUGAAAUACAUUGGCGUAAAAUCAGCAUACGUCAGUUAUGAUGUUCAAAAGCGUACAGUAUAUUUAAAUAUCACAAACACACUAAAUAUAACAAACAAUAACUACUAUUCUGUUGAAGUUGAAAACAUCACUGCACAAGUUCAAUUUUCAAAAACAGUUAUUGGAAAGGCACGCUUAAACAACAUAACCAAUAUUGGCCCCCUGGAUAUGAAACAAAUUGAUUAUACAGUACCUACUAUCAUAGCAGAGGAAAUGAGUUAUAUGUAUGAUUUCUGUACACUGAUAUCCAUCAAAGUGCAUAACAUAGUACUCAUGAUGCAAGUUACUGUGACAACAACAUACUUCGGACACUCUGAACAGAUAUCCCAGGAGAGGUACCAGUAUGUUGACUGUGGAAGGAACACAACUUAUCAGUUGGGGCAAUCUGAGUAUCUAAAUGUACUUCAGCCACAACAGUAAAAACCGAAAGAGAUGCCACUGGAGAAGAAAUCCCUAUUGAUAUUUUUUUGAACUCGGAAGGAUGAGGUACUUACUUCCUGAUAGAAGAUCUUCAAUUGAACAAACCUAAAGUUUACACUUCCAUUUUAGGGGUACAGUUAAAAGUGUGUGGACUUGUACAUUAUUGCAACUCUACUCUGUGUUCAUAUCUGUACCAGGAUCUUUUACUUGAAUCUAAAUUUGCUGAUUUUCUUCCCCCUCCUCCCCUAAUGGGGACAUUGAGACUUCCCAGGUAGGACAACAAAUAAUUAUCUAUAAAUCACAGCUUCAGUGACUACUGGAAACCUAAUUUUGAUGAUGAACAUAAUUGGAGAAACUUUAUUUCUGGAUGUUUUUAUAGAAUAUUACCGAGAACCUGUUAUUCAUGAAAGACUUUUAAAAAAUAACUUUUUUUCUGUUUUACAAAUUCCCAUUGCUACAUAGUAGUAUUUCAGGAUAUUUUUUAGCUUUUAGCUAAACAUUUGUAGUUUUUCAUUUGUUGAAAAUCUACUCAUUUGCACAUUUUUGACAGUCUUAUUUCAAGCUAGUACUUGCAUAACACUAGAAACCAAAAUAAUCUUUGCAAAGUUCUGUACCUAAAAAUUUUUUAAAGCCCCGUUUCACAUGUCUUUCCAUGUAAAGUAAGUUUUGUGAAAUUUUUGUGUAGUCUUCAAACAUAGUUAAUGUACAAUAUUGUAAAUAAACUUUGCAUGGCUUUUAUACAGCUUUAAUAAAUAUCAAAGUACAGUUUCAACAAAGUAAGUCGCUCAUAAAAAUAAACAGGAAAAUGAAAUUCAGAAACUUACAGAAUGUGAAUAUGGUUCCAAUUACAUAUGGGAUCAGGCAUAAAAUAGUUUUGAAAUAAAGUAUUUUGAUUCUCCACUUUUUUUUUAAUAUUGCUUUGCAUACUAAGAAGUUGUGGAGAUACUUUUCACAACUAUUAGGUAUGUAAGUCACCCAUGUCAUCCAUUUUAUACCUGUUUUAAAGAGGAAAUUAUGUCUUUGGUAGAAAUUAUCCAAGAAAUUUUGUCAUUAAGCGAUGGUGGCUAUAUCAAAAUUAAGAGCUGUAUUAUCCUUUUAAAAAAUUAAUCACUUUGCACUUCACAUGGAUAUCAUGACUCUAGUGGUUACAUUUUAAAAUUUUCAAAUUUUUGUUUGGAUUUUAUUAAAAAUUGUUUUCAAGUAUAAAUUACUUUUUCAGUUCGUUGUUUUAUAUCUUCAAUACCAUUUUCCAUUCGGGCUUCUUGCCUUUUCACUUACCAGGUUCUGAUUACCUUGUAAAUACAUACCACUGAGGGUAGGGGCCGACUGUGAUACCAAAAAAAUAAAAUAAAAUAAAAUACGUGGCUUGAGAUGAAUUUCUUUCUGGUCCCUAGUGACAGAAGUCAGGUCCCCCCCCCCCCCAAAAAAAAAAGUGCCUAACUUAUAUCUGAAAUAUACCUAGUAUCAGUCGGACUCCAGCUAUAACACACAAGCUUUGUUUAACUAUUUAGAGUGAAUGAAGCCUCCUUUCUGCCUUGAAACACUCAGGUCUCUCCUUAGCUUUCAUAUUUUCUCCACCUUUUCCUGAGUGAACAGUUUGAAUGGGUGGAAUGCGCAAACUCUUUUUUUUAACUGCUUGUCUUACCUUAAUCCAUUGUGAACUCAUCCAUCUUCACUGUUAAAAGUCACCCCAUCACAUUUGUUACAGACUCACUGUCAAAUCCAGUCUUAAUGUGUUUUUCUUCUGCUGUGUUUUUUGACUACUCCCAUUCUCCUUGAAACUACACACCUCUAAUAUAUUGAUUCUAUUUGUAUUUUUCAAAUCCCUUGCAUUUCAUUUUCCCUGUCUUUUGACAUCUUUACAUGAGUAUUAUUUAGAUCCUCUUUUGCCUCAAAAUUUCUAAUUCUGUAACCUUUAAUUAACAACCAUCUGUUAGGGCUUCCAAGUCUUUCUGUAUACCUGACUGGUCACCUGUCUACCUAGAGAUAAUAGUAUUUCAGUGACACUGUGGAAAAUCAUAAAAUGUUUGAAAAACUUUUUAAUCAUAUUCUGUUCUCUUGUCCUUGAGUCCUAUGUACUUCAAAAUCACCAUUUUUUUCAAAAUCAUCCUUCAGAUAUGCCUCCUUCAAAAAUCAAUCCUGAUUUAUUUUUCUGCUCUGUAUCUUUUAACCUUGGAAAACGUAUGUAGUGUAAAUUAAAUGGAAUUUUCUAUUGAUUUGUGGUUCUGAUAUCCUUUUAGAGUGCAUGCAUAGUGUCGCUGAAGAGAUAGGAAAAUGAGGGAACAUUUAGUGGCUUAGUUUUAAAUAUUUUGUCUUCAUUUUUUUGUCUUCAUUUUUUUAAUUAAAAAUUCUUUAUUAUACCUACAUUCCAUGAAGUAUAAGGUAGAAAAACCUAGAAUUUAAAAUAAGUGCAAAUCAACAGUAGAGGAAAAGAGGAUCACCUGUUACUGCUUUCAGAGAGGUUUAAGUAACUUGCCAGAAUAAGCCUGGAACAGAGUAGGCUGUAAGUUAAUAAAAUUACAAAAACACAUUCAGGUGAAACAAAAUUAUAGCCAUUAAAAAACAAAACAAAACAAAACAAAAAAAACCCGGAAGAAUGAAUGAGCAUUGUUCAGUGAAUUUUUUUCUUGCAUAAUGGUAGGGUAGAUAUUGUGUGUUUUUGAUUUUUUUUUUUUAACUGCUCUUGGGUCUUAUUCAAAGGAUAUGGUAAAGAUGUUAAAUUUUUUUCCUGAUACUCAAGAAUAAUUUUUUUCUUGAAUUACACUUUUAAUAGACUGGUCGUUCUAACCAAAUGCAAUAUUAUAACAAGUCUCUGUGUGUUGAUAUUAUAUCUGAUACUAUGGUCUUCUAGAGCUCUUUCAUAAUGUUUUUCUUACAUAAUUUUCUUAUAUAAUUUCCCUGGUCCUGUGAGUCAAAGGAUGGCAGGAUCCUCAUCUUUUAGAAGAGGAAGGAGAUGCAUAGAGAAGUUAUGGGACUUGAAGAAGAUUACUUACUUAAUAAAUAGUCAUAUUGGGCCCAGAUCUAGUUUUUCUGUCUCCUUUGUGGGUGCUCUGUCAUUUAAAAUAGAGUCCAUUAGGAAGCCCUGUUACUCAGGUUAGUAUGAAAAAACUCAGAGAAAACAUUUACUUAGUUAAUAGUGACAAUCAAAAUAAUAUUGAUGGACUAAGAUUUGGGUACUUUUAAAGUUAGUACCGUACCUGAAAUAAUUCUAAAUGAAAAAUGAGCACUUGUACAAUAUUUUGGUAUAGCAUAAACUAUAGCUGAUUUUUUUCUGUUAGAAUUUAUACUCCUUGAUCAUUCCAAUAAAUAUAUGACUGAUACGUUGUCAGAGUAGGCUAUUUAUAAAUAAUAGAGAUUAAUGUAUUUGAGAUUAGAAAUAAGAACUGUGAAAAUAUUAAAUACCGAAUAAAUUGCUUGAAAUUGCUAAAUGACCAGUCUUUAAUAUAGUAUAUGACAUGUAAAUGAUUGGUUUUAUUUGUGAGCAGUUUUUCGUGCCUUUUUUUUUCUUUUUUAAGCCAGUGAGGUAAUUACUUUCUCUUAAGAGUUCAUGACAAAACAAAAUUCAAUUUAGAUCUUCUAAAUUGUAGUUUGGAAGUGAUAUAGUGCAGUGUUAGAAGGAAAAUGAUUGCCAAAACACAAAAAAUAUCAUUACUGCAAUAUAAUUCUGAAUGUUUUGAUGUAGGUUAUAUCCGCAAUUUUUUAAAACUUGCUUAAUUCUUUAUAUAAUGAUUAUAUUUCAUUUUGGAAAAUAGUUUUGUUACGUGCUUGACCCCCAAAGUAAGUCACUGCUCAAUAUAACAACAUUUAUUAGUUAUUUACUGUGUCAUAUACUGUAGUAAUCUCUUAUGUGCAUUAUCUGAUUAUUACUCAGAAGAGCCCACUAAGGUUGAUACUGACAAUGCCUCUCAUUUUAUAUCUGAGGAGAUUGAGUUCUAGAGAAGUUAAGAAAUAUACAUAAGGUUGGAAGUUGCAGAUUUGAGUUUCAAAACAUGUCCGAUUGACUCAAAAACAUCAUUGCUCUUAAAAUUAGCAUAUCUUCUUUCCAGCCUUUGAGAAUGUUUUAUUUGUAAAAAUGUAUUGAUUAUUGCACUUAAUAUAUAAGAUUUUGAGGGUUUUGCUAGUAUUUUCAAAAAUACUAUUAGUAUACUUUAUUAUUUUGUAGAUCUUUGGUAUGAUAAAAAUUGUUUCUCAAUGAAUUUUAAAAUUUUUAAAUUCAUAUUUAUCUGUUAUACAGGAUUUUUUUUAAAGAAAAUUUUAAAUUUACAAAUAUACAUCAGACUUCUUUGGUGAGCAGUGUGAAUUGAAUUUCAAGUUAUUAGGUUGCAAAUCAAAGGUUACUUACCAUUGUGUCAUGAUUUUUAGGUCAUAAUAUCUGGAAGCAGCAACUACAUGACUCAAAUACAUCUAAGAAUAAUUAAAUUUUAUUUCUCUUUUUCAUAAAAUCAGAUUUUAAAUGAGAUGUUUAUCUGAAACGUUUAUUUUAAGGAAAAUAUAUGUGUUUGAGAAGAUGGGGUUAAAAGACUUGAACAUUAUUUCUUUAAAAACAUUUAUUUUUACAUGAAAACAAUAUAUUUGUGACGUGCUUCAAUCAAAAAUUUUAUUCUAUAUCCCAGAUCUUAUUUCAAAGUAAAAAUUUUCACUUAGCUGAAAUUUCUGAUUAGAACCAACAUUUGUGUAUUUUUGUGCUUAGUGAGAAUGUAAAUUUCACAGUGGAUUUUUGAAAUUUAUCCUUACUUUGGAUAAAAGCAAGUGAUAUAUUUAUAAAAUUACUAUAGGAAUAAAUUAAAAAUGCUAAUUUCCAUUAAAAAAAACUAGUAUAAUUAUGUUUAUAGUUCUUUUUACACAAGUUUAGCACAGUCUAAAUUAAAUAUCUGUAUUGACCCUAAAACUAUUCCAUAAAUUAAUUUAACAAAUAUAUGGCAAGUUUUUCAUAGCUAAAUAGCUCUUCUAGAAGGAAAUUGUUGCCUUCUGUUUAAUUACAUUAAUUGAAAUGUGUUUAAGAGAAAUGUUUUCAGCAUAUUUUGUAUACUAAAAAACAAAAAGGGUUAGUAUUGGGCCAAUGGCCAAGAGGUAAUAUUACUACCAUGUAGACUAUUAUUGUUCAAACUGUCCCACUUCCCCCAGAAUUUUAGAAACUAGAAGUCUGGGAGAUAAUGUAUCAGCUGUGGUCGGGUGAUUCUAAAGUGCUGUAAGUAUAUUCAUCUUUUAAUUGUGUAAGAUGGAACAAAUGCCAAGUUGCAAAAUAUGCAUAAUUUUGUUAUGUAAUGGUUUGUUUUAGGCAUAAAAUACCAGCAAGCUAUGCCUUGUGUUCUGUCUUAUAUUUCCUUAUAGAACUAUAUUAAGUAAGAUUUUUGGAAAAUAAUUUAAAAUGCUUGCUGACUUGACCUGAUCGGUCAGAUACUUGAAUGAUGGCAUUACUGGAUAGAUUCUAAUCCAUGAUUCUACUUGUGGAAUAAAGCAUAAUAUAGAAUGAAAGACUAUGUUUGGGCACUUACUCUUUGCUAAUAUUAUGUGUUAGCCUCCAUCAUAACACGCUGAAUUUCCAAGUUGAGCAGUUCUAUAAUUGUAAUUAUUGUUGCUGUUCAUGUAACAAAACAUGCUUAUAUUAGUAAAAGGAAUAGAAGUGCUCCCAAAUGCUAUUUUUUUAAUUACUUGUAACUGUUGCUCUUGUAAUUGUGUUUGACAAAAUAAAAUUUGUAAACAUUUUAGCAUGAAAAAUAAAAUUUGUAUCAGGCAAGUAUCUUGGUCUUAACUUUCGAAAUUCCCUUGACAAAAACAAAUCAAUGUAGAUAUUGAAAGUCCUUUAGCUCAGAGCUCUCAAGUCCUUUCAGUUCUUUCCUGAAUUCCACUUUUGCAUCAUCUUUGAUUUAUUUUUCUUCAUCCAUUUGGCUUCCAUUCUGUUGUCAAAUUCUGUUUUACGUCUGUAAUAUCUCUGGAAUCUAUCUCAUACUUGAAAUCUCUGUUACUAUUACUCCCUAACUUGUUUACUGAAGAAAGCCCAUUUCCUUGCUUCUGGUAUUGACAACCUUACAUAUUUUGGCCAUCCCUAAAUCCACACUCUUUUUUCUUGUCAUUUCCCUUCACCUCUGUCCCAGCCAGAUUGAGAUGUUGGCCAUUCUUGGAAAUAGCCCUUUCCAUUAUCCAUGCUUUGCUCAUUGUGUUCCCUUUUCCUGUGAAAAUUAUUUGACCAUUUCUUUAAUCCUCAAGCCUAUCUGUUCCUCAGUGUUCAGCCCAGUGCCCCACUCGACUUUCUGACUCUUCCUGUAUAUUCACUCACACAUUGAGUGACUUAUUUUCCAAAUGUGGCACAGUUUUUAAAAGAAUUGUCCAAUCACAAAGAAGGUUUUGGUUUUGAACUCAAAACUUUUUGCUUGAACUGAACUUAAAAACUUGUUUUAAGCUUUUAUUUCAAUCAAUAUUUACUCCAUGUUUUGCAAGUUUACAACUAAUGUUUUAAUUAUAGUUUUAAAAAUCUUGUGU